UUUUGGCGGGUUUGCGAUUUGAUGUUUAGAAACAUCAUGGCUAUGACCUGCAGACAAUAAUGAAGACCGAUUUCAAGUUCUCGAACUUGCUGGGCACUGUUUACUGCCAGGGCAACCUGCUCUAUAGCCCCGAUGGCACCCAUCUUUUCUCGCCAGUUGGCAACAGAGUGACUGUCUUUAAUCUGGUAGAAAACAAAUCAUACACCCUCCCGUUCGCUCAUCGCAAAAACAUUGCCCGUAUCGGACUUACACCACGCGGCAACCUUCUCCUCUCCAUUGACGAAGAUGGACACGCGAUCUUGACCAAUGUCCCCCGAAGGAUAUCCAUAUACCACUUCUCCUUCCGAUCUUCCGUCACAGCACUAUCAUUCUCGCCAUCCGGUCGACAUUUUGCCGUGGGACUGGGUCGCAAAAUUGAGGUCUGGCACGUCCCCUCAACCCCCGAUGCUUCUGUCGAGGGUGAACUCGAAUUUGCUCCUUUCGUUCGAUACCACACACAUACCGGUCAUUUCGAUACCGUUAGCCACAUUGAGUGGUCCAGCGACUCACGAUUCUUCCUCACAACCUCCAAGGAUCUCACGGCGCGGAUAUGGAGUUUGAACCCUGAGGAGGGUUUCACCCCCACGGUGCUCUCAGGCCAUAAACAGGCUGUUAUCGGGGCUUGGUUCUCAGAAAAUCAAGAGAUGAUUUACACUGUUAGCAAGGAUGGCGCCGUCUUUGACUGGCAGUAUGUCAAGCCUAUCAACCGUAUUAAGGACGACGACAAGAUGGAUGACGACGACGAUGAUUCAGAUAUGCAAUGGCGCAUUGUCCAACGGCACUACUUCAUGCAGGGAAGCGCUCAUGUGCGAUGUGCCGCUUUCCACCCUGAGACGAAUCUCCUGGUUGCUGGUUUCUCCAACGGUCUGUUUGGCUUGUACGAGAUGCCCGACUUCAACAUGAUACACAAGCUGAGCAUCUCGCAAAACGAUAUCGACUUUGUCACCAUCAACAACAGUGGCGAGUGGCUGGCGUUUGGUGCGUCCAAGCUGGGACAAUUACUGGUAUGGGAGUGGCAGUCUGAAUCUUACAUCCUUAAACAGCAGGGCCAUUUCGAUGCCAUGAACGCUCUGGUCUACUCACCUGACGGCCAGCGCAUCAUCACCACUGCCGAUGACGGAAAGAUCAAGGUCUGGGAUAUCCAGUCUGGCUUCUGUAUAGUUACCUUCACUGAGCAUACUAGCGGCGUUACAGCUUGCGAGUUUGCCAAGAAGGGUAAUGUUCUCUUCACAUCAAGUCUGGAUGGAUCUAUUCGAGCCUGGGAUUUAAUCCGGUACCGAAACUUCCGAACUUUCACAGCACCUACGAGACUGUCAUUCUCAUGCAUGGCUGUCGACCCCAGCGGCGAAGUCGUAGCUGCUGGAUCUCUCGAUUCCUUCGACAUUCACAUUUGGUCCGUCCAGACAGGCCAACUUCUUGAUCAGCUAUCAGGCCACGAGGGCCCUGUCUCGUCUCUCGCAUUCACACCCAAUGGUGACUCACUUAUUAGUGGUUCUUGGGACCGCACAGCCCGUAUCUGGUCUAUCUUUAGCCGGACACAGACCAGCGAGCCUCUGCAGCUCCAGGCCGAUGUUCUCGAUAUUGCUGUCCGUCCAGAUUCUUUGCAAUUGGCCAUCUCAACAUUAGAUGGCCAGCUUACUUUCUGGUCGGUAACAGAUGCAGAGCAGACUUCUGGAGUGGAUGGACGAAGAGAUGUUUCAGGAGGACGAAAACUCACAGAUCGCCGAACGGCGGCCAAUAUGGCCGGCACAAAGAGCUUCAACACAAUCCGAUAUAGCGCUGAUGGCAGCUGUCUCUUGGCUGGCGGAAACAGCAAGUACAUCUGCUUGUACUCCGUAACAACCAUGGUGCUUCUGAAGAAGUACACUGUCAGCGUCAACCUUUCUCUCUCCGGUACCCAGGAAUUCCUCAACAGCAAGCUAUUGACUGAAGCCGGCCCUGCUGGAGACCUCGACGAUCAGGAAGCCUCAGACCGCGAAGACCGCGUGGAUAGCUCGUUGCCAGGAUCAAAACGUGGUGACCCUUCAGCACGAAGGAAGGUCCCUGAGGUGCGUGUGACAGGCAUUGGUUUCUCACCUGCAGGCACUGCGUUCUGUGCUGCCUCAACGGAGGGUCUCCUGAUCUACAGUUUGGAUCAGGACAUCCAGUUCGACCCUUUCGACCUGAACAUGGAGAUCACCCCUGCCUCAACACUCGCCGUUCUCGAGACAGAGCAAGAUUACCUCAAAGCACUUGUCAUGGCCUUCCGUCUCAACGAAGCUGGUCUGAUAAAGCGAGUCUUCCAAGCCAUUCCCUCCGCCGAAAUUCCUCUCGUUGUUGCCGACCUCCCUACCGUAUAUGUUUCUCGUCUUCUCCGCUUUGUCGCCGCCCAGACCGAGGAGUCACCCCACAUUGAGUUCUGUCUCGUCUGGAUCAAGGCUAUCGUUGAUAAGCAUGGAGCUUGGCUCUCGGCAAACCGUGCCAAGGCCGACAUUGAGCUAAGAGUCGUUGCGCGAGCUGUAUCCAAGAUGAGGGAUGAGAUUAGGAGACUUGCUGACGAAAACGUGUACAUGGUUGAUUAUUUGUUGGGUCAAGCGGAGGAUAAGUCUGGAAAGAAGGAUGCCAAGACAUUGGAGAGUGGCAAAACUAUGGAUGUGAAACUUAUGGAUGUUGAUGGGGAUGAGCAGUCUGAGGCGGGAUCCGAUGAAUGGAUUGGUUUAGAAUAGACGGUAAAUACGACUCAUAAUACCCAUGCAUAUCAUACAAGCCUUUGCUCUUGGUUGUCUUACAUCUUAGCCUUGGGAAUCUCCUCCCAAGCUUCAUCGAACCCUGAAGAUCGAACCCACAUGGUACCUCCCCGCCUAUCAGCUUCCUCAUUGGCAUCCAGCAACAGGUACACAGCCCUCAACCACUCGUCAUCUCCCUUGAUCCUCACCCACUUCUUGUUCUCAUACGGCUUGGUAACUCUUUGCGCCAGCAUCAGUGCCCUGGCCAACUUGACAGUGUGCCCAUCAUCCACGACCUUGUGAAUCCUUGGGAAUAGAUCUUCUGGCUUACCCACCAGAUUAUCUCCAUCCUUGGGCUUAUAGCCACAGAGCAGAUCGCCACGAAGAGCUGGCGAGCCACGAGCGAUGUACUGCAGGAGAUCCAUGCGGAUUUUGUUCUCCAAGAAACGCGCCUUGGUUGAUGCUGGAAUCCAGGACUGUUCUUUGAGCGUGAGAAAGAAUGGCGUCGAUGUUAUGUGAUGCCUGCCGCGGUUAGCAACGGGGUCAGUGUGGAAAGGAGAGACUUGCAUGAGAAUAAAUUCGAAUCUUGGAGCAUGAGGUGGAUGAAAAGCAGCAGCUGAAGCAACGAAAGCAGAGUGAUGGACCAUCUCGGCAAUCUUUUCGUCCAGCUCCUCCUCAUCAACCCUCACUUUCGCCGCCAACGUGAUCAUCUCGUCCUUCGCCCUCACAAAUACACCAUCGAAGAUCCGGUUGGAAUCAUCCCAAUGCGAGCUUGUUCGAAGUUUGUCAUUCUUUACGGCGUCUUCAUAAAGGCCACCAAUGGUCUUCAUCUUAGGUGGCGCAUCGGAAGCUUGAGCUUUUCCAGCAGCGGCUGUGAGAAAUUCUUUAUAAUCGUCUCGAUGAACAGCAGUCUGUGCAAGAGCUGAAGCGAUGAUCAUGGGCUGUGACCACUCCAUGCCAUACAACAACUGAAUAAGUGGGUGAAGAAUACCGGCGAAUAGACGGCUUUGCAUGUCACGGCCUCGAGCAUCGUCUUUGAAGAGAUACUCCUUGAGUGUGUCCUGCCAUCCUAUUCUUUCGAUCUCGUCCUGGAAGAAACGAAAGAAUGUAGCAUAGUUUCUACCUUUGCCAAGAUAUUGUGACCAGUCUGAGCCGUGUUCUAGUUUAUCAACGACAUCAGGCUUUGGUUUCAUGGCCUUAAGCUGAUAUGUCUUGUUGGCGUUAUAUGCAGUGUCCAGGUCCUUUGUUGUUGCGCCGGUACCAUAUAGAGUUAAAACUUGAUGAACAAUCUAAUGCCGUUAGCGAAGU